UAGGGAUGCGCACCAGCUCACGCUUCUGAGUCCGACAGCACGUGAACGCAGCAUUAAAGCGACCCUGGUGGCAGACUGGAUCACUUCAUCACUUCAUAUUGAUCCAGAACGACGGACAGAGAGCAAGGGACGACAAUGUAUGAAAAUGUCCCAAUAGUGUCCUCAGCGGAGCGUCAGCAGGUACUGGGAGCUCUGGAGCGUCUGCAAGCCAAACUGGUCCAGAGGGAGGAGUGGACCCACAGUGAAACCAUGGGCAACCUGAGGGAGACCCUGCAGAGUCCGCUGUUCAACCACAUCCUGACCCUGCAGCACUCCAUCAAACAGCUCCGAAACCAGCUGAGCAGUAUGCCGCCUGAUGCCUGCAGUGAGUUCAGCUUCUCCAAAAAGGGUCAGCUGAUCAUGAGCACAGUGAAUCCAUCCAGCAGCUCGGCCCCACCCCCCCUGUCUGCCUCCUCCCUCCUGGCCAAUGGCUCGUCUCCGCCUGUCCAUCAGACUCCGCCCUCGUCUGACCUUCUCCUGCAGAAAUGGAUCUUCGCCGCCGCCAAGGGUCGUCACACAGAGGUGUGUCAGCUGACUCGGCCUCUGUCUGGAGGUCUGGGCUUCAGCGUGGUCGGUCUGAAUCCUGCAGGAAGCAGCAGUCAGGGCGUCUUCGUCAAACACAUCCAGCCCGGAGGCAUUGCACACAGGGACGGGCGUCUCCAGGAGAGGGACCAGAUCCUGGUGAUAAACGGCUGUCCUCUGGAGCCGGGCAUCAGUCAGCAGCAGGCCCUGAGCCUCCUGCAGCAGCCCGGAGAGACGGUGGAGCUGGUGGUGGCCAGAGACCACCCACUCAACACAUCAUCAUCAUCACAACCUACCACCGCCAUCAACACGGAUCAGUGGGGUCACGUGGAGGAAAUCGAGCUGGUGAACGAUGGAUCUGGUUUGGGCUUCGGCAUCGUGGGAGGGAGGACGACGGGAGUGGUGGUCAGGACGCUCCUCCCAAACAGCGUGGCUGACAAGGACGGGCGUCUCCGCACAGGUGACUACAUCCUUCGCAUCGGGGCGACGCCCACCAGCGGCCUCACCAGCGACCAGGUUGUCAAGGUGCUGCAGGGGUGUGGGAGUCAUGUAACGUUGCUGAUCGCCAGGGAUCCCCGGGGUCAGAGGUCAAUAGCCCCGCCUCCCCCACCACCUCCUGACUCGGCCCCCGUCACCUUCUUACCCCCCCGCCUUCCGGGCCUACCCCCCCAACGUCGGCUCAGCAAGGCGCCCAACUUGGAGGGAUAUGAGAUCCAUGAGGUUCCUCUAUCCAAGAAUGACGGCCAGAGCCUCGGCAUUUCCAUCAUCGGCUACAACCCCCUGACCAGCCAAGAUGCAGUAGGUGUGUUUGUGAAACAUGUGGUUCCAGGCAGCGCUGCAGAUCACAGCGGAAACAUCCGAGUCCACGACCGACUGCUCGCUUUGAACGGCGUCAGCCUCCACGGUCUGACCAAUCAGGAGGUUUUGGAGGUGAUGAAGCAGACGGGUCAGACUGUCGUUCUCAGUGUGGUCAGGAAGAAACCCAGAACCCUGGAGAGAUCCCUGGAUAAAGUGGAAAGGGAGUCGUCCCGUGUGUCAUUGAGGAGGUCGUUGGAGGUCAAAGCUCGCUCGUCUGGGUUUGGCUUUACAUCGCCAAAUCUCGAACCAACGUACCCUAACACAACACAGCUAACAAGGGCUACAGAUGCAGAACUGUGGGCUAAAUGGGAGCAGGCUCUCGGACCAAAGUACCAAGUUCUGGUGGUGAAGCUGGAUCCUGUCAUUGAAGACGAUGCAGAGCUGCAAAAAUCCUCCAAGCUGCUGCCCGUCCACACUGUGCGUCUCGGUGUAGAGCUGGACUCGUUCGAUGGUCACCACUACAUCUCCUCUGUGAUCCCCGGAGGACCCGUGGACAAACAUGGAGUCUUGAGACCAGAGGACGAGCUCCUGGAGGGGAAUGACGUUCAGCUCUACGGUAAGUCUCGUCGGGAAGUGGUGUCGUUCCUCAAAGAAGUGCCUCCUCCGUUCACUCUGGUCUGCUGCCGACACCUGACCUCUGACCUGGAACCAGAAUCUGAAUCUGAAUCUGAACCAGGACCUGAACCAGUACUACGACCUGGACCUGGACCAGUAAGACAGUCACAACCCAGUUUGGAGGAGAUCGAGCUGAAGCUGUCGUCGAUGCUCUGCAGUCCGACCGAACUGAGAGAGAGCGUCACUGAACAGCAGCAGGCAGUUAGACAGGCAACCUAUCUCACUCCAUCUCCGGAGCAGGUUUCCCCUGUGGAGGAGGUGCUGAUGGAGACUCAACACAACCAGGAGGAGGAAGAUGAGCAGGAUGAAGAUGAAGAUGAAGGGGAGCUGGCUCAGUGGUCUCCAGAUGUUCAGGUGCUGGAGCUGCAGAAGGAGAGAGACAAAGGCCUCGGCUUCAGCAUCCUCGAUUACCAGGACCCGCUGGAUCCCGGUCGGUGUGUGAUGGUGAUCCGUUCUCUGGUCCCCGGCGGUUCAGCAGAGCAUCACAGGGGUUUACUUCCCGGAGACCAGCUGGUGUCGGUCAACCAGACCCAGUUGGACCUGCUCACCCUGGGCCAGGCCGUGGAGGUCCUGAAGUCUGCCCCGCCUGGCACAGUCCGCCUGGGCAUCCGCAAGCCUCUGGUGGUGUUGGAGGGACCAGAGAGGAGCAGCCAAGUGUCUCCCAACAACACACAACUGCCUGUGCCAAAGGGUUUCGGUGACGGCUCCAUCCUGCCGGAAGACCUUCGUCAAGAUGAAGAGGAAGAAGAGGAGCCGGAGCUUAUCCUUGACGGAGGUCUGCCUCGCUACGCCUCCUUCUCUCUGACCUCUGACCUCCUGCCUGUGGAGGAUGGCAGGGAGAUGGCGGUGGACGAGGAGGUGGAGGUGGAGGAAGAGAAGGAGAAGGAGGUGAAAACACAGGAGAAAGUGGAGGAGAGCGUGAGCUCCCUCCCCAGGAAACCUCCUCCAACGUGGGAGGAGUGGAAGCUCUCCUCCAGCCGGUCCAGAGGAGCCGAGGAGACUUGGAGCCGAGAGAAGCAGGAGGAGGUCAGCGAGAGAGAAGAGGAGGAGGAAGACCUGCAGAGAUCUGACCGUGAAAGCAUUGUGUCUCUAGGAAACCUGAUUCUGGGUAUUUCAGACUCCAGAGACAGUGAAGCAGACUCUGAACUCACUCUGACAGACACCGACACAGAGUCCGUCAGGAUGACUGACACUGAGAGAAGGGAGAGGCGGAGCCAGGGAGGAGCCUCUCUACCAAUCAGAGGAGGCCACGGGGAUCUUCCUGAAAGAGAGGAGGGGGAGGGAGAGGAAACGCCUGCCUUCAGUCACUGGGAACCCCCCCGCAGGGUGGAGGUGUGGCUUGAGGAGGGUCAAUCUUUGGGUCUGAGUAUCGUGGGAGGUCAUCAUGUCAUCAAGCGUCUGAGGAACGGAGAGGAACUGAAGGGAAUCUUCAUCAAACAGGUUUUAGAGAACAGUCCUGCUGACAAAACACAGUGUCUGAAGACCGGAGACAAGAUCCUGGAGGUAUCGGGUGUUGACCUUCGAGUGGCCAGUCACGAGGACGCGGUCAAUGCCAUCAAAUCAGCUCCGAGCCCCGUCAUCUUCAUCGUCCAGAGCCUGUCCGCUACUCCACGGACGCCAGGUGCAGCCCUGCCCCCUUUGAGACAACCCCCACCCUACAGACCUCCCAACCAAUCACAACAAGAGCUGAGUUUGGAGCUGGAGCAGGCCAAAGAGCGUUGGUGUGAGCGUUAUGGAGACCUUCAGGGGGAGCUGCUGUGCGUGGAGCUGGAGAAGGAGCGGCAGGGUUUGGGUCUCAGCCUGGCAGGAAACAGGGAUCGUUCCCGCCUCAGCAUCUUCGUGGUGGGACUCCAUCCAGGGGGGGCGGCCGCUCGAGACGGACGCAUCCGGGUCGGAGACGAGCUGCUGGAGAGGGGUUUGGGAAAUGAGGAUGCUAUAAACCAGAUGGCCGUCGCCCCCUGCUCCACUCCCCCUCCUCCCCCUGUCCUCAGCCCUGUCAGCCCAGAGUCUGUCUCUCCAGCUGGUCUCAGUGUCUCCGUCCCCACAGACGGACCCCGCCCCCCUGACAGCCUGACGCUCCACCCGUCAUCGGACACACUGGACGAGACAAGCGAUGAAGCCGAACAGAACAACAGGAACAGAAACAGAAACAGCAACAGCGCCCCCAAGAGUCUGAGAGAGAACGACACCUCCAAAAAGAGGCUGAAAGUUGCAGAGUCUCCAGAAAAUGAGCUUCAGGCUCCGAAGGCGUUGCUGGAGCAGCAGUCCUGCAGGUCUUCCAGCAGUUCCAGUAAACAGACAGCUGUAUCUCCUCCUCUGAUCAGCCCCGACCUGCAAACCGCCAACAGAGACCCAUCAUGCUGUGCGGUGGUUCCUGGUCAGGAGAUGCUGUUGGAGAUCUGUAAAGGUCGAUCAGGACUCGGACUCAGUAUAGUGGGAGGAAGAGACACACAGCUGGACGCCAUAGUGAUCCAUGAGGUUUAUGAAGAAGGAGCCGCAGCCAGAGACGGACGACUGUGGGCAGGAGACCAGAUACUCGAGGUGAACGGGGUGGACCUCCGCGGGGCGUCCCACGAGGAGGCCAUCGCCGCCCUGCGUCACACGCCGGCGAAGGUUCGUCUGACAGUGCUGAGGGACGAGGCUCAGUACAGAGACGAGGAAAACCUGGACGUCUUUAAGGUGGAACUGCACAAGAGGAGCGGCAGAGGGCUGGGACUCAGCAUCGUUGGGAAGAGGAGUGGUAGCGGUGUGUUUAUCUCUGAGGUGGUCAGAGGGGGCGCUGCUGAGCUGGAUGGUCGUCUGAUGCAGGGAGAUCAGAUCUUGUCGGUCAACGGAGACGACACAAAACACGCCUCCCAGGAAACUGUUGCCGCCAUAUUGAAGUGUGCUCGGGGUCCAGUCCUGUUGGAGCUCGGACGACUCAAAGCUGCAUCCUGGAUCUCCUCCAGACGCAACUCACAAGGAAGCCAGAUGAGUCAUGUGAGUGGGAACAGCUCAGGUGUUGUGGCUCCACCCCUCACACACACCUCAACAUCAUGUGACCCCGUGACCUCUGACCUCCCGACGUCGACCUCCACCAACCCCCUGCCCCUCAACAACAACAUGAAGUCCACCACUGACAUCACUUCCUCCUCUAACAGCACAGUGUGUGUAGGGGUAGAUGCUGGCAUCCGUACGGUGGAGAUCACAAGGAGCGUCAGUGACUCCCUCGGGGUGAGUAUAGCAGGGGGGAAGGACAGCCCGCUGGGUGACAUCCCCAUCUUCAUCGCUAUGAUUCAGGCCAACGGAGUCGCCGCCAAGACGCACCGACUCAAGGUGGGCGAUAGGAUCGUCAGUAUAAACAGUCAGUCUGUGGAUGGCCUGUCACACAGCGAUGUCGUCACCAUGCUGAAGAACAGCUACGGAAACAUCAGCUUGCAGGUGGUAGCAGACACCAACAUCAGCGCCAUCGCCACUCAGGUGGAGAGUUUGUCCAGCAGCACCAGUCUGUCGGCCAACACUGACACACACACAGCAGAGCCAGAGGGUCCGCGGCCCUGCAGCAUCAGUCUGGAGAAAGGCUCUGAGGGACUUGGGUUCAGCAUCGUCGGAGGAUUCGGCAGUCCACAUGGAGACCUGCCCAUCUACGUCAAGACCGUCUUCAGCAAGGGCGCGGCGGCGGUGGACGGCCGUCUGAAGCGGGGCGACCAGAUCCUGUCGGUGAACGGAGAGAGUUUGCAGGGAGCGACACACGAGCAGGCGGUCGCUAUUCUGAAGAAACAGAGAGGAACUGUCACACUGGAUGUCCUGUCAUAACACACACACACACACACACACACACACACACACACACACACACACACACACCUGCAUGCAUACACAUAUGAAUCACCUGCACACACACACACAUGAACACAGACGCUCUUGAUGACUCUUGGACUACGAAUCAUUGUGGAUCGUGAACUUCGAACGUCCCAACGUGCAAAAAAAAAGAAACAGCAUCAGACGGUGCCAACACACAAACACACACCUGAAAACCUGAAACCAGUACACACUGAUGUUUGACACCAGUGCAUGACAACACUUUAAUACCUGAAACAGAGUUUCUCAACCUUGGCGUCAGCCACAGGUGGGGUCACCUGGUACGCAGACAAAGAACGUAUAUUGCCAAGAAAUUAAAGUCAAUUGUUCGUUCCAUUGCAACAUCAGCUUCCGCCAUUUUGGACAGAGAGCGACUACCGGACGCCAGUAAAACGUCCGCCCAAAAAUUGCUGCA